AUGGCUGUCGCCCAGGACCUUCUGGAAGGUGCGUUCAAGUUGCAAGUUGCGAUCGAGUCCGAUCUAGGUGCGUUUGCAGCGUGCACUGCCGCCUGUCAGAAAGCUCUAGAGCAGUCGGUUGGGUUCAGUGACUACCAGAACGUUGUACAGUUGUGGGCCCUCCCUCGGCCCGAUCAGUUGUCUUUCAGGCGCGUGUAUGCCGGCGUGUUUGUCUGGGCGGCUGACUCUACUAUGGGACAUAUUCUUAAGGUUGAAGGUCACAUGACCGAUGAGCAGGCAUCGGUCGACGACCACUCCAAGUUCUGCAAGGCAGGUAGCGACCUAGCCGAUCACUAUGCGAAGCUCGGGGCUUUGGCUCGCGAGAGGCCGAUCCCCGAGCAGUCGGAGUGGCUCGACCGAGCCCUCGCCAUUUCUAGACAGGUCACCAACCCAGCGCUGCUGCAGUACAGCGAGCAGCUAGACUCCGUGAGGCCGAUGGUAGACAUGAUGCAGCACAGGUCGCGACGCGAGGGGGGCUCGGGCCCUCCGGGCGUGCGUCUUGACCAGAGCUGUGAGGCGGGCCCAGCCGUCCGUGGCGACGAGGGUGCCCACGGAGGCCCCCGGUGGGUGGGCAACGUGAAGGCACCCCAGGCUCGCCUCGCGCACACCGCCGCGCUCGACGCGGGGUGCGACCACGCCGCCGCCUUCUGCCUGCGCCGUGCCGCAGCCGAGGCAGCGUGCAUCGGGCCGCCUCCUGGGCUGGAGCCGCCCGCAGUGCGGCCCCCUGGCGCAUGGGGAUGGCCUGCCGCCGCCGCGCGCGACGAGCCCAUGAAGGUGUCGAUCCUCGCGAGCGCGCCCCCCGCGAUGGAGCUCACGUCGCCGCCGCAGCACCACGGGCAGCAGCAGCCUCUGCAGGGGCGCGAUCGGCAGCCGCUCGGGCAGGGGCAGCCUCGGCAGCCGGCGCCAGCGCCGCGGCAGCAGCGCCAAUCGAGGAGGCCGCCGCCGCCGGAGCCGCAGGGCCAGGCGGAGCCGCAGGGCCGGGCGGCGCCGUGCCCCGCGGGGAGGCCGCGCGCACCGCCGUCCCGCGCGACGCUCGUGAUCGCCUACUUCCCGCGAGCCGCCUCGGACGAGGAGGUUUGCCGCGCGCUCGACGGGGCCGUCGGAAGGGUCAACAGCGUGCGGCGUUGCGAGGUGGUGCGCGAAGGGGGCCUCUACGGGUUCUUCGAGUUUGCGGACUCACAGCUCGCGGAGGCAGCCCUGGACGCGUGCAGCAAAGGCACGCUGAUCAUGCGCGACCACACGAAGAAGAAGUGGUUCCUCCACGCCAGACCCCCAUGCCGCUCCCGCCGCGCCAUCGGCGGCGGCCCGCCCGCGGGCCGUCGCGGGAGGACCCGCAGCACCUCCGACGCCUCGACGGCGCUGCCGGCCAGCAGGUGCAUUUCGGAGGCGACGGCUUCCGAAGCUGGUGGUGAGUCUCCUCUCUGAGCGCCCCUCUGUCUAUCCCUCCUCCCCCUCCUCCACCUCCUCCACACGGGCGCCCUGUUGGUGGCCGUGGUCGUGAUCUUGCCGUCCGCAUGCUCCUCCUGUCAUUGUCAUCCUCCAUUUGCCAUUUGUGCUCUCUUGCCUCAUCGACUUCAAUGAAGGCGAUGUGCAGUACUAAGUAUGGUGGCGUGAAUCACGCGACUUCUAUGACAUCGAUGUGACUGACUGUGCUUAGUCGCGUGACUCACGCGACUAAAUACUUGCUCCCCGCCGACAUGUUGACGACGGACAGUGCGCAGGGGUCGCACCGCUUUUUGCAUGUACGCCAUAUUCACUCCGAAAUCUAGCCAUCUGCAGGGUUGGAUUUCCUCCGCAGGCUUCUUGCCUGGGGCCCCACGGCUCACAGAGUGUCGUGCGCAAUUCGCGUGCUGCUUCCGAGUUACUCGGAGGCCCUUUCGUGCGCUUUUGACAAAGCCCCCCCCUGUCCCUCCUCUCUUCUCCCUCCUCUCCCCCCUCAUCCGAGGGACGGCUUCAGAGGAAUGGCUACUUGGCCCUUCUGCCUGCCAGUCAUUGAGGCGGAGAGUGUGCGCACUCACGGGCCUCCCGAGUUCCUUGCGCCGCAGACGGUGCGCGGCCGCGGUGCGCGCGAGUUUUGACACUGCGCCGCCGUGGGCCGCGCGAGGCGCCGCACCGCUCUCCCUCGUCCUUCCCAGACCCCAUCUCCUCCUCCUCCUAUUCCUCCUCCUCUUCC